AUGCCUGCCUACCACUCCAUCUUCCUCGAGGACCGGGAUGUCCCCGUAAUUGGAAACUUCCCCAUUCUCCCCCUCCGCACUCGCACGCGCGGCCCCGCAUACACGCUUCCCCCGCUACCGCCUAAUACCGCCGAUAUCGACGUACCCGCGGACAGCGAAUCGUACGACUGCAUCGACGAGGUCUUGUCUCUGUUUCGAGCCAAUGUCUUAUUCCGGAACUUUGAGAUCAAUGGACCGGCGGAUCGGAUGCUUAUCUACGGCAUCCUCUUCAUCAGCGAGUGUCUGGGCAAGGUCAAGCCGACGAUGACAGCUCGGGAGGCCGAGAAGGCUCUUAUUAACGCCUCCCUCGAGAACUUCGCCAUUCCCGGUGACGUGUCGUUCCCUCUCAAUCAGGCGUUCGAGGCACCUCACGAUCGCCAAGAUGCAGAGACCCUCAGAGCAUAUAUCUCCCAAGUGAGACAGGAGAUUGCGCUUCGUCUUCAUGCGAGGUUAUACGCUGACGGUCCUAGUCCAUCCAAGUGGUGGCUCAGUUUCGCGAAGAGGAAGUUCAUGGGCAAGAGCCUGUAG